AUGCACAACAAUGACACUGCCCUCCCACCAUAUACCAUGUCAGAAUCAGCAAAGGACACGGGCGGCCUUGGUCCCGACGAAAUAUCAAAAGUCGAGGCAUCUUACGAAAAUGCAAUCGGCACCGUCACUGACUUAGAGAAACACAAGACUGUCCAAGGAGAAGCAAAAUUCCGCCGUCUUGGCUGGAAGCGAAUGGCCGUGAUUCUGCUCGUGGAGGCCAUAGGUUUAGGGACAUUCAGUCUUCCCAGUGCAUUCGCAACUCUUGGUCUCGUUGCUGGCGUUAUUUGCUGCGUUGGCCUGGGGCUGGUGGUCAUCUAUACAGGGUAUCUCGUCGGAAUGGUGAAGAUUCAUUACCCCGAAAUCCACCAUUAUGGAGAUAUCGGCGGCCUCGUCCUAGGCCGAUGGGGGCAAGAGCUGGUGGGCGCCCUGUACGUGCUUCAGCUGAUCUUAAUGACGGCAUCUUUUUGCCUCACUGGAACCAUUGCAUUCAACACUUUGUCCGACGAGGGUGUCUGCGGUCUAGUCUUUGGCAUUGUGUCGGCUAUCUUAUUAUUUCUUCUUGCAAUUGCGCCAUCCUUCGCCGAAGCAGCCAUCCUAGGAUACAUCGACCUCGCCUCCGUGACCAUCACCAUUGCCAUCACGAUCAUCGGCUCUGGGAUUGAGGCAUCCAACGCACCGGGCGGUAUAGCUGGAAGAAACUGGUCUGCAUGGCCAGCUCCAGGCACAACGUUCAAGGAUGGAAUGGUCGCGAUAUGCAAUAUCAUGUUCGCUUACAGCUUCAGCAUGUUCAUUACCCCUUUCAUGUCUGAGAUGCACACGCCCAAAGACUUCAUGAAGUCAGUUUGGACCUUGGGCAUCAUCGAAAUGGUAGUCUAUACACUCAUCGGCUCGCUCAUCUUCGUUUUCGUCGGCACAGACGUCCAAAGUCCCGCUCUCCUUUCUCUCCAAGGCGUGCUUCCCAAGGUGGCAUUCGGAAUGGCGUUGCCUUUGAUCUUCAUUUCCGGUGCCAUCGGUAACACUGUCACCGCGCGAUAUGUUCACCUACGCAUAUAUGAAAACUCCAUUGUUCGCUUCAUCAACACUCCAAAGGGCUGGAUCACUUGGAUUGUGACACUCGCUGCGAUCACCAUCAUUGCUUGGAUCCUAGCCGAAUCCAUUCCCUUCUUCGACGACCUUCUUGCGCUCAGCUCUGCUCUUCUUAUUUCUGGAUUCGUGCUGUACUUCCCACCAGUCAUGUGGUUCAAACUUAUUCGCGACGGGAAAUGGUACGCUCCGAAGAAUCUAGUCCAUGCUGUUUCUUGCGUCCUCGUUUUUUUUAUUGGCUUGUUGGUCCUCGGUGGAGGCACAUACGCCAGCGUUCAGGAUAUCCGACAUCAUUACAAGAUUGGCGCUGUCCGGAGUCCUUUCUCGUGUUAG